AUGUCUUCGAAACAGUCCCGCGAUCUUCCGAGCCCUUCUCCCUCCGCGUCGUCAUUUUUACCAUCGAUUUCCCGCCGCUCGCGCCGUAGCUCGCUGGCCUCGGUCUCAUCCAUGUCCAAAGGAGCACUUUCACAGGCGCUUGAUCACAUUCACAGUUCGGCUUCACAGUCUGAGACUUUGACAACCUUCAAUGAGUUCGCUUCGCCACCUCCAGCCGUUACUGCUGCGGAAGGAAAGAGCCUGACUGGAGACCUCGUUCAUGGAGGAAUUAGUGGUCUAUAUAGUCGAUUUCGGGCUUCAGUUUCCGGAGGAAAGGAAAUAACAGGAGUGUAUUCUGCGCCACCGGAGCACAAGGCCGCAAAAUCAUCUGUCGUACGGGAGUCAGAUGCGCAAUCUGCGACACAACCCUCGCAACGGUCUUCGCUCCCUAGUCGAGAUUCAUCACAGGGGCUAAUUACUUCUGAAACGAAUCCAGCAACGACUUCGUAUCUGCCCCCACCGACGAUUAAGCCGCUGAAUGCUGAAACUGGCUCGAUCUCUGCGAUCUCACAUCCUCACGUUCAAAAUAAUAAAAACUUGGAGUUGCCUCAAGCCAGCAACCACAUUCAUUUUGAUACUUUGCCACUUAAAGGAGCUGGAGAUAGUUCGAGGAUACCUUCCAAUCAUUCACUACCAGAAAGUAGCUUGCCCAUCAACGACACUGCAGAAGAGCGCCGAAAUUCGGAUCAGGGAAGUAUAAGCUUUGGAAAUACGUCAAGCGAUGGCAAAAAAGGCAAGGAUGUGCCACUGCCACAGAGUCGUGAACCUCAAAGGACAAGAAAAGGCAGUCUCCAAAAGGAGGGUCUUGAGCCUCUGGAUCUAAGCAGCAUUAAAAUCAGCCAACCUGCCCAAGCAGAUACCAGGACGCAGGCUCGAGCACUUGGGUCCGAUAAAGCUUCUCGCGCUGACACCAGCUCCGGCUCGAAUGGUCCGAGCAAACCAGAACUAGAUCAUGCCCCUGAAACAGAUCCCUUCAAUCAUCUAGUCUCGUCCAGAAAACAGGAGUCUUUGAGUAAGCAGCCGCUGAUUACGCCGAGCGCAUUUUCUGAGCACGCGACAACCAGAGGCUCUCCGGAACCGAAGUAUGGAGAGAAUAAUCAAAACAGCCAUCGGCCAUCGAUUUCCAAUAGCGCUCAGGCGGGGGCCCUGCCGGAAGGAUCCCAACCAGAACGAAAAUCCUCUGCUGCGUCUGAUGUCUCUCGAAACCAUGAACGACCGGUCCUUGCCACGCGUGUGAGUCAAUCACGUCUGCCUGGAUAUCGUAUCUCCCGGACCUCAUCGUCUGAUGCCGAAGAAUCACUGCCUGCAACCACCCCAUUAUAUGAACGCCAGGUAUCGCUUGGAGACGAUUACUCUGCUGCUAAUCAAGCUCGUCAAGGAUACGUUAGCUCCAAAGGCCCUCACUUUGACCCGGAGCCUUUAAAUGCAGUCUUGCCGCAGCCGCGUAGUAAAGUUUUGAGCAAAGAGUAUUGGAUGCGAGAUGAAAAUGCCAAGGAUUGUUUCUGCUGCGGCGAUACGUUUUCAACAUUUCGGAGAAAACAUCAUUGUAGAACUUGUGGACAAAUAUUUGAUUCCAAAUGCACCUCCCUGGUGUCAGGGCGGCGUUUUGACUAUCCUGGAUCUGUGCGAGUGUGUAAACCGUGUGAGCUGAUCAUUAAUGGGUAUGAUGAUUCUUCGGACGUGUCCGAUGACGACACUAUUUCAUCUGGAUCCCCAUUCAGACAACGGCAGACGUUAAAUAUAACACCAGAUGCAGUCCUGGCAAAUUCGACUCAAGCGGAUCAAGCUAUUUCAAAAAGAGCUCCGCCGGAUCAAAAUCACAACAUUACUGGGACACCAGUGAUGGCUAUACCGGCUACUAGAAGAGCAAGGGAUGCCUCUAGCCGCGGUUCAGCGGUCUUAGAGAUCGAUGGACCUCGGCCGCUGAGCCGGCCAAGCUCCUCGAGAUCGCUCAAGGCUUCCAUAACGGGAAGACCGCACUCGUCAAGCCACAAGCGGCACCAUUCGCGAUAUCAGCACCUCAGGGGAUUUAGAUCUUUUGCGGAAGAUCGAGCUCCAUUUCAUCGCAGUGUGGCGGAUGAAAAGCCAUCAAUAUUACCAGCAUUCCACAACGAUAGCAUCAUAGAUCCCGACCUCGCGCCUUACCUUUCAGACGAAGGUUCUAGUCCUGAUGAACAGAUCAGUAUCUUUGGCGCGUUGAACAGCGAUAUGCCAGUUGGUAGUGUGGGCAAUGAGAGAAAUGGACUGGGUGGCUUUUUAGCUGCCGUAAAGAAGGGGAGAUCGAAGCUCGGUGAAAAGAGCCUCAGCGGCGUUAGUUUAGGCCGAGAUCCAGAUGAGGCCAGCCUUGGCAGCUCUAGGGUCAAUGGAAUGAUUCGCUCCUCGAGAAAGCGCAACUUGAGCACAGCGAACCUUGCGCAUCAGCGCGUUUUUCCUAUGAACAAACAAAACGGUGCCAGUCGUGCUUUGGGACUGGGGGAUGCCAAUGGCGCUGAAUCACCUACGGCAGAUGACUCUGUUAGAGGUGCUUCUCGCAUUUCCACUUUAACUCGAAGUGCAUCGAUGACUGGUGUCGACGCGCCAGCUGUAGAAUUGAAUUAUGCUAGCCUACAGCAUGUCAGCAAGCUCCUCAAGCAGCUCUUACAGGACUCUGGUGUACCUAGUGUGUCACGCUGGGAGAGGGCUCUUCUACCAAUCCUUCUCCAGAGCACAGACGAUGUCAAUCCGGACGUUAGUCACGGCGAUGACAUUGAUAUUCGUCAUUAUGUGAAGCUAAAGAAAGUGCCGGGAGGCAGACCAGGGGAUACGCAUUACGUCUCUGGCGUAGUAUUCUCCAAGAAUCUGGCGCUGAAGAGCAUGCCCAGAAGCAUUUUCAAUCCAAGGAUCGUUGUUGUCACUUUUCCAAUAGAAUAUGCUCGACACCAACAACACUUCAUGAGCCUCGAACCGGUUAUAUCCCAGGAGCGAGAAUUUCUGGAGAAUCUGGUUAAUCGGAUCGCUGCUCUUCGCCCACAGCUUCUCCUUGUUCAACGCAAUGUGUCUGGUCUUGCUCUCCAGUUCCUCGAGGAAGCGAAUAUCGCAACUGCUUACAAUGUGAAACCUUCGGUCAUUGAAGCUGUGGCGCGUUGUACUCAAGCCCGAAUCAUAUCAUCAAUUGACAAACUGGCCAUUCAGCCAGCCCAGCUUGGAACCUGCGAGGGGUUCCAUCUGAAGACGUAUGUGCAAGCAAAUCGAAAGAAAACCUACAUGUACUUCUCGGGCUGCUCCAAGGAUCUUGGUUGCACAAUCGUUCUUCGAGGAGCCGACCUUGGCACACUGAGCAAGAUCAAGAAGGUUACAGAGUUCAUGAUAUACGUUGUCUAUAAUUUGAAGCUUGAGACCUGCUUAAUGAGGGACGAAUUCGUCUUGAUCCCUUCCUCCACGUCUGAAGGAAGUCUCACACCCAGCAACAAUGCCUGCCUCCAGCAACCUGCUGAUUGCAAAAGACCGCCAUCCACAAAAGUCGAAGACUUGGAAACUAAGUCUUACGAGUAUCCUGUCAAUCAGCCUAGUAGUACUACACCAAUAGCGACCAACGCUCCUCAAGACGGCAACCCAGGACGACUCCCCGGCACACGACCCGUUUCCUCAAAUACCGAAUUAGCAGGGCAGCCUGACUCUGACGAGCUUUUAAUGCCGGACGAUGUGCCAAUGCCCACAUUCUAUGAAGAUAUGAUCGAGAAACACAAAAAUACCAUUCUGUCAGCCUCACCUUUUGUUAAAUUCAUGCAACCUUAUCUUCUUAUGAGGGCUCGAGAACAGGAGCGGCGGCUUGCUUAUCUCAAGCGUUUGAGAGAUCAGGACAUUAGCGAGGAAAAUGUCAUGGACGAGAAGGAAAGAUCACAAAAAUUCGAUCUGAUCAAACCUGAAAUGGUUCAUGAGUCCGUCCUAGGCGCUUCGAGAAAAGUACGUGAAGUGUUGCGUGCUGUCCACGAUGCGGAGUAUGACAAGGCACUCCAUAGCUACAAAACCCAGAAGCGUCAAUGGGAAACAUACAUCUCGGGAAAUCGCGAUCUUUUCGACCCCUUUUCUCACCAGAGCAUCGUGGUGUUGUACAGUGUUGUUUGCACGGUCACCACUGUCCCAUGCUUUGGCCCCGAGUUGCUCGCGCUAGAAUUCUACAACGAGCAUGGGAACGAGUUUGAUUUUGAGGCAGAUUGCACGUUGGGACAGUAUGUCGAAGAGCUCUGCCUUGGAUCUGAUACCGUUUGCAUGGCCAAUGGCUGUGAGAGAAAAAUGUUUGACCACCAUCGGCAGUAUGUCCAUGGCGAGGCUCAAGUUAGCGUGUUCGUCCAGCAUUAUCCGAGCAAGCUACGCGGUAUGCAAGACACGAUCCUGAUGUGGAAUUGUUGUAGAGUUUGUGGAACGGAAACCCAGGUGAUACCAAUGUCUGAGAGCACAUGGAAAUAUUCAUUUGGGAAGUAUCUCGAGCUAGCUUUCUGGAGCAGCGAUUUGCACCCAAGAGCGGGCGUCUGCCCUCACGAUAUUCACCGAGAUCAUCUAAGAUUUUUCGGAUACAAAGAUGUCGCUCUUCGAAUACAAUACGAUCCAAUCAAUCUGUUGGAGAUAAUCGUUCCUCGACCCAGGGUGAUCUGGAAGGUUGAGAAUGAUUUGAGGAUCAAGAAUGAGCAAUUCGAAAAGACUGAGGAUAGAAUACAUAGAUUUAUGUCUUCUGUCAAAAGUCGUAUCAAAGGCAUCAAACUCGAAAGUGUUGCUCCCGAAAAGUCUGAAGCCUGUAAAGCGGAGAUAGAACGACUUACCAGAAAGGCAAAUGAGGAUCAUUCUCAAUUGAUCAAGAAUUUACAAGACAAAUAUAUGGAUUCAAAAUACUUUGAGAUGAUUCCCUUGAACAGGGCAGUCAGGGCGAUGCAAGAGAAGGUUGCGGAGUGGGAUGCCGCCUUUUCCGAUUUUGACAGGAACUUCUUCCCCUCUGAGCGGGAUAUUCGAAGGCUAGCGGCUCUUCAGCUAAAAAAGAUUUUCCUCGAUCGAGAUGAUUCAUCGGUAGGCACUGUCGAAGCCGGCCCCGAUUCAAGUAGUACAGAAAUUGAGAUGAGCGAAAAGCCCGCUCAUGAUACAUCGAUAGCGCUCAGUCCACAGCCGGCGCAUAUGUCACCUGAAGAAACCCACGACGUGCUUACCUCUGUUGUGAAUGAGCAAGCUAAAACGGCCCAGAGCGUGGAAAGCGAUACACAGCGGCAGAUCUUGCCUGGAAAUGGUUCUCCAGGGUCUGGUUCGAACGGAACCAUUCAAGUUGAUUUGCAAGAGUUAUCCGGGAAAGGAGUCCAGCAUCUUGACCUUGCUGUGCCAGUGGAAGUUUCCGAACGUGCAUCAUCCUCAGUGCAAUCUGCCUCUGAUGAGCAACAGAAGAAUGGCCACGGCUCCCCGGUCUCUGGUGGGACACCUGAAGCAUCUCCAACGCAAGCCCCUUCAGCAUUGGAGCCGAAAAUAUCAGAAAAGGUGGAACAGAUGCGUAAAUCUGCUCUGAACACUGCUCAGCCAGUGAGCCAAGUCCAAGCUUCUGGCAUUCCUCGACUUGCUCAGGCUUCCGCUCGAACUGGCAGUGGCUCGGCCUCUCCGCCGUUGUAUCGCAUGCAAUCCCAACCAGCACAUCUUCAUCUGGAAUCGAAUAGAAAUGGAGCAAGAACCAAUGCCGUUUCAACUACAUCUCUUGGGUCAAGGGCUAUGCCAUCACCUUCGAGUAGUGCCGAUUCUUCGCGCCAAGUUUCUGCUGAAUCGUCUAAAGGAGGGGACAAGAAAUUCUCGGAGAGAUUUGGGGUUCAUACGAUCAAACCUCUUAAACACACGGCUGGUCAUUCUCUCAUCCCGCGAUCUAUACACCAUGCAAGGAAAGACUCCAAGGUUUUCACCUUGGCAAAACACUUUGAACAGCUCAGCCGCGAGUUCGAGAAAGAAAGGCUUCGGGAGCGACGCCUCAGGGCUGCAGGAAGUAGGCAAUCCCGUGCUUAUCCCAUCACCUCUUCGAAGCCCAUUGUGGAGGUCUACCGCAACGUGCACGAGGCCGUCGAAGAACGAGAGCCGUCUGAUGAUGACCAUUCCACCCAUGAGCCGCGACGAGAUUCUCAGGAUACAAUGAAUGCAACAGAUAAUGGGCUGUCCCAAAGUCCUCCGCCAUCGACUCUUUCUCAAUCCCCAGCUGACUCUACGAUUGCGAGAGAAAUUACCUCGGACGAAGUUCCCGAACGAACUGAAGCAGUUCCGGAUGCUAGUCAAGUCGGUUCGGAGAUUGAAGCCGAACCAGAAGUAAGCGAUUUGGAGCGUUCAAUUCUGGAUGAUAUACCAGAGCCUACAGAUGAAUCACAGAUUGCGUCUCCGACUGAGUCUUCCCUUGAGCUGCCUAAGCAUGAAAAGUCUUCGUUGAUGAAGAUGCUUACCAACUUCUGGGCUGAACGGUCCGCGAGUGGGUGGGCGGCCCUUGACUAUCCGCUGAUAGCAACGGACCACGUUUUUGCAGAUUCGGACAUUAUUGUCCGGGAAGAUGAGCCAAGCUCACUUAUUGCGUUUGCUCUUGGGUCGGAGGAUUAUAUGACCAAGCUGCGUGCAAUCCGCGAAAGGAAAGAUGAUUCCGCGGCUCAGGAAGACGAACCUCGCCCGGCCAGUAGUACUUCGGAGGAGAACGACCAGAUUGAAGUUGAGCGAUCACUGCUACGGUCCACUGGGACGCAUCUGAAGUACCAGUUUCAAGAAGGUUCAGCCAAGAUGCUUUGCAAGAUAUUUUAUGCAGAGCAAUUUGAUGCUUUGCGCAGAAAAUGCGGCGUUUCUGAUCGCAUCGUAGAGUCAUUUUCACGAUGCUUGAAAUGGGACUCCAAAGGCGGCAAGACCAAAUCGGUUUUUCUCAAGACGCUUGAUGAUCGAUUUGUGUUAAAGUCUCUAUCGCCGAUUGAAACACAAGCAUUCUUGAAAUUUGCACCCGCCUACUUUCAAAUCAUGUCCGAAGCAUUAUUCCACGAGCUACCGUCAGUCAUUGCCAAGAUGUUUGGAUUCUAUCAAGUCAUUAUCAAGAAUCCCAACACUGGUGUGGAAUUCAACUGGUAUCUACUAGCAAUGGAGAAUCUAUUCUAUGACCGAACGCCAACGAGGAUCUUCGAUCUCAAGGGAUCCAUGCGCAACAGAUAUACGCGGUCCACAGGGGAGCGAAAUGAAGUUCUCUUGGACGAAAACAUGGUCGAAUUCAUCUAUGAAUCGCCCCUCUUCGCACGCGAGCACUCGAAGCGAUUACUACGCGCUAGUGUCUGGAAUGACACGCUCUUUCUCGCAAGACAAAAUGUCAUGGACUACAGUCUUAUGAUUGCCAUUGAUGAAAACAGAAAGGAGCUCGUCGUUGGUAUCAUUGAUUGCAUCCGCACCUACACGUGGGACAAGAAGCUCGAAUCCUGGAUCAAAGACCGCGGCAAGAAUAAGCCUACCGUGACCAGCCCCAAGGAAUACAAGAGCCGCUUCCGAGAAGCCAUGGGCAGAUAUGUCUUGCAAGCUCCAAAUUGCUGGCAUCAAUUCACCCGGCAGACAAUCGAGCGUCGUCCACCCUCAAGAGUCGACGGCUUACCUAGCGAUGUGCACGCCCUUGUCGAUAACGAUGGGCCUGAUGCCAGACUUUAG